AUGGUUCAAAAGAAUGAUGGAUUUGUGUCAUGUAAAUAUGGGUAUCCCAAAAAAUUCCUACAAGAAACAACAAAUCAUGAUGAUGGUUAUCCUAUGUACAGAAGAAAGAACACUGGAGAAAUUGUUCGGAUCCGUGGUGCAGCCCUUGAUAAUAGCUGGGUUAUUCCAUACAAUCGUUACCUUUCAGCUUUAUUUGACUGUCAUUUAAAUGUGGAUGUCUGUUCAACUAUUCAUUCUAUUUCAAUUUGUCGGUGGGUUUCGCCAUUUGAAGCAGCUUGGAGGAUCUUUCGCUUUGAUUUGUUUGAGAUGCACCCUCCUGUGCAACCUUUGCAAGUGCACCUAGAAAACAUGCACACAGUCCAGAUAAGGCCUUAUGAACAGCUAUAUUCUGUUAUAUUGAAUGGAUGGAGGUCUAGGACUCAACUAACAAAAUUCUUUAAAGCUAAUGCAGCUUCUCCUAAAGGUACAGGAUACCUUUAUAGUGAAUUCAUUAAGCAUAAUAGAUGGGGUAGCAGUGCUAAGGCUUGGUUUGAAAGGAAAACAAAGAAAAUUGUGAUUGGUCGUCUUGCAUUUGUAGCACCAGCAAAAGGAGAACGUUUUUUCUUGCGCUUGCUUCUUAUAAAUGUGCAAAGUCCUAAGUCAUUCAAUGAUCUUAGGACUGUGGAUGGAGUGCUUUGUGCUCGCUUCCAAGAAGCAUCUAUCAAAAGACGGCUCUUUAAGGAAGAUGAUGCAGUUGUUUCAUUUUUAGCUGAGGUAGCAGAGGUUCAUAUGCUUGUAGCUCUACGUCGCCUGUUUGCUAUUACGUUAGUAUUUUGCCAACCUAACAACCCGAAAACUCUUUGGUUACGGUUCUUUACAUAUUUGUCUGAGGACUACAGGCACAGGUACCCAGAAAUUGAAGAGCAAGUUAGGCAGCAGCACUUGGAAUCUUUAGGGAAAUUCUUGGCAGAUUUCCGGCUCAAACACUUGCAUGAAGACUUAUCCCCUAAGCUGACCAGAACUAAGGACAACAUUGAUGCCUUAUAA